GAAGCUAUUCGUACGUUUUGAUAAUAUUAUUCGUUGAAAUAAAUCAUCAUGACUGAGACAUCAGCAACACCAACUCCGGUCGAAGAGAAGGCACCUGCCAAAGUUGAUUCGCCUAAAAAAGCAGCUGCUAAGAAACCAGCAACUAAAGCAACUCAUCCAAGUGCUGCUGAUAUGGUCAUUGCUGCCAUCAAAUCUCUUGGUGAACGUGGGGGAUCAUCUCUUCAGGCUAUUAAGAAGUAUAUCGCUGCAACCUACAAGGUCGAUAUUGAAAAACAAGCACCGUUUAUCAAGAAGUCUCUCCGAGCAGCUGUCAUCAAGGGAACUCUCGUUCAGACCAAAGGAAAAGGUGCUUCUGGAUCAUUCAAACUCCCAGUUGAGAAAGCAGCAUCUAAACCUAAAGCAGCAGUGAAGAAACCCGCCGCUGCUAAGAAACCUACAGCUGCCAAAAAACUGACAGCCAAGAAAGCAACUGGUGAAGCCAAGACUGUUAAGAAACCUGCAUCACCUAAAAAGGCACCAGCUAAGAAAUCUGAGGCGAAGAAACCGGCAGCUAAAGCUCCAGCCAAAACUAAAGCAGCCGCUUCUCCUAAAGCUAAGAAAGCUGCAAAGACUCCAACAGCCAAGCCCAAGUCACCUAAGCCAAAGAAAGUUGCAGCACCGAAAACAGCAAAAGCCCCAACCAAAAAAACCGUAGCAGCUAAGAAAUAAAUCCUUACUCCUACGUUCAGUAGGAAUGCCUGAA